AGGGCUGCCCCAUCGAAUCUUUCCUCACUCAGAAGAUGGAGAACAGGAAACUCAGCUUGUCUUUCCUGAUCGGGCUAUGCGCCACAUGCUCCCUCCUGCUUCUCCUUGUCCGAUCAGGGUACAAGAGCACGAGGCUGGUUGAAAGCGAAGUCUUUGAGGCUCCUGCAUACGAGAUGAUCCCGGUUGAGCCGGUGGCAUUCAGAGGGCCUUCGAUCUAUCCUGGAAGCAUGUUGUCGAAUUGGAAAUGCUCCAAAUAUUGUGGCGUAGGGUUCAGCAUCUGUCUUUCCAAGCCCCAGACGCAGUCCGUCAAUGAUUGCGUAGCCACCAAGAACUCCUGCUCCAAGUAUCAGUGCGCUGAUAUGGAGGCACUUCCACGAAAGAUCGAAUGUUUCGAGGCAGCAAAGGACAACUACGAUCAUUGUGUUAAGUACAGUGGGCACGACGACAGCUCACGCGCGCAUUGCAAGUUCCUUUAUGCAGAUUAUGCAGCUAAAUGUUAAGUAAUGAGCCUUUCAAAACAAGCUUCUCUUGGGCUAGACACGUAUUGAGAAGAUGAAUGUUUCUGCGGAUAAUUUGUAUAUGUGACAGUAAGUCAUGAGUAUGCUCUAGUCCUUGAGUUAGUGUUCCACCACUCGCAGCUGAUGGAUCGACUUCUCCAGACUAUCUAAUGAUAACAACGUCGCACGACGCCAAGCCCAGAUGGAAAUCAAGGCGUGGCAAUAGCUAACUAUCUGCUUCCCGCUCGCAAAAGGAAAACAAAGGUUUUAAUGUAUUAAUGUAGAGUGAAACAGGCCUACUGCCGAUGGUCUUGAAAUGUGAAUAACUAAGGAAAAUUUUGAGAAUGAGCGACACCAUUUCCUCCUUGCCAGUCGUUGGUAGCGAAGUCAGUGAGAGGCUCUCCUGAGUAUGGCAAAAGAUUUCCAACGCUGUGACUUGCAAGCUCGUCCUUCACCUUAUCAUAAUCCACCGACGAGUCAGUCACGAGGUUCCAGUUGUCCUCCACAGGAACCUUGAACCUCUGGCGAAUGGAAGAGGUGC